AUGGCAAAAGCUUUAUUUAUCAUUUUUGCAUGAGCUAUAGGGAUAAGUUUUCUUAUUUUUUAUUUAUUCUUUGAAAUUGAUAAAUACAAGCCAAGUUUGAACGGAUCUGUACUCAUAAUUUAGAGUUACUUACUCCCUUGGCUAGUAAGCAAAUAUUUGCUCUCUAGCAAAGGGGGUUUAUUAUUUUUUUAUGAUCUAAUUAAUUUAUAAUCUAUAUAUCAAAUAACUUCUUAUCUAAAACUUAAUAUAAAAUAUUGGAUAUUCAUUAUUAUAGUCAUUAAUUAUAUAAUAAAUUAGAGCUUCUGCCAAAACUAUAUUUGCUCAUUAAUCAAAUGAAAUUAUUUUACCAAUAUUUGUAAUGGUUUCGCACGCUGAACAAUGGUGGGUUAAUUUAUUUGGAAGAUUAUGGCUUUAUCAAACCCUAUGAAAAAGUAUCAUCUCAAAACACAUAUCCAUCAGAGCCCAGCAAUUAUACAGGAAAUACUUUAUCUGAAAAUUCUGAUUUAGAAAUAUAUAAAUAUCAAGGCUAUCAAGCAUGCAUCCCUGAAUCAUUUGGGUAUACACAUUCAGAUGCAUCAAUAAAUUUUCGACAUAUAAAAUACCCAACAUGCACAGAAAAACUAAACACACAAAGAAAAAUCAUUGAAAUUGAUAUAGAGAAUAAUCAGCUUAUUAUGAACUGUCCAAAAGGAAAAGGAUGGUAUUAUCUUGGUUUAAAUCAAGAUAGGGAGCUUAUUGGAAAAGAUGUUUAUGAAGAAAAAAUUAAAAAGUAUCCUGGACACCCAGUCAAGCUUGAAAAUAAUGAAGAGUGGGCUUAUGGGACUUGUGAGGAAAAUACCUUUCCGUUAGAAGGAGCUGCCUAUGCUAACAGACCAAAGCUGGCUUCUAAAAAAAGAGCCAAAAAAAUAAUGGAAAAUUUGCAAGGUGAAGCUUAUCGAGACUUUAAAGAAAACCAAACCCGCCCUUUAACUGUCUUGGUGCUGACUUUUGAUUCUAUAUCUCGUAGGCAUUUUUAUAGAAAUCUUCCAAAGACAAAGACUUUUUUAAGUUCUUUAUCCCCUGAAAAAUUUCGAGUUUUUGAUUAUAAAAUUCACAACAUUAUAGGCGAUAACUCUUUACCUAAUGUUUAUUCCCUUUUGACAGGAAAAAGCUAUGAUGGCGUUAUAGAGUGAGAAAAGGACGAUAAUGCUAAAGCGAAAGAAGAUUUAUUAGGAUCAAAUUCAAUAUGAAAUUAUAUGCAAGAUAAAGUAAAAAUCAUUUAGGGAUGAGUAACUCUUUUUAAUGCAGAAUUUUGUGAUGAUUAUUUUUCUGUUAAAUUUGGAAGAAAAUUAAACGUUGACCAUAUAAUGACCAAAUUUUGAUGUGCUGCUGAAAAGUUUUCGGAUUACAAGUAAUUUCUACCUAGUGAUCUUGGCCAAUUUCAAAGAUGUAUAGGAAACGAAAAUUCUCAUUUUUAUACCUUAAAUUAUACUUAUCAAUUUGUAUUGAAUUAUCAAGGGAUUAAUAAAUGAGCUCACAUUAUGAGUUUGCCAGGGCACGAAGAUUCUGGAACUGUUGUGCAAACGCUUGAUGAUGAUUUAUCGAUCUUUUUAAAAAAUAUCUUGAAUACUAAAGAUGAAGUAUUUAUUUUUUUAUUGGCUGACCAUGGAAUGAGGUAUGGUGGAUGGUAUAAAUAUAUUGAAGGCUAUAUGGAACACAAGCUUCCAAUGCUAUUUUUAAUAGCUUCAACAUCAUUAUUAAAUGACAUUCCAGGCAGUAUUGAGAACUUAUCAUAUAACUCAAAUCGUCUUGUUUCUAAAACAGAUAUUCAUAGAACAUUAAAGCAUUUAGCUCAUAUUCCUUAUUAUCGAAAUUAUGAAGCGAAGUCUCUAGAGUACAGAAGAUGGCAUGCAGUUGGCCAUUCUGUAAGCUUAAUGAUGGAAAAAGUCCCAUUGUGAAGAGAAUGCAGUGAUAUUGGUAUUGAUCAAGUCUGAUGCUCUUGUCCUAUACUUGAGAGGGUUGAUAAGAAUGCUUAUGCUAAUUAUUCUAAUACAUAUAGUGAAGCAGAGUAUGAAGUUAAAAAAUUUAUAGAAGAUAUUGCAGAUGCCAUGGUUUUCGAAAUAAAUCAAGAAACUCAUGGCUCUCAUAACUAUGAGGGAUGGCACAUUUGCCAAAAAAUCAGUUUAAAACAAAUAGAAAAUGUUGAAUGGUUUAGGUACACAAACGGAAAGCAUCUAUUUAAAUUAUUAAUUAGCGUAAAUGAAGAUGAAGAGGUUAGGUAUGAAAGCCUUGCGAUGAUUUCAGCAUAUUUCUUGUAUCCAAAAAGCCCAAGAGCUGGAUUUCCUUUAUAUUCUGUUAUGAAUAAUGGAAAAAAGCUACUCAAACUUUUAUAUGUUUCACGAAAGACGCCACAAUCAAGUCUAUGCAAAGAAAUUUGUAAAGAAAAAUCAAUUAUUGGAAAUCUUUGCCUAUGCAAUAUAGCCCAUAUCCCUAUAUAGAUUUCUUUAUUGAACAGCAUCUAAUGGACGGUUGAAAGACCAAGCUAGACUCUAUCAAAGGGAUCAGCUGUAUCUCUAUAAUACCAGGAAGGGUUAAAACGUGGCUAACCAAAAAUGGUUGACAAGUGUGAACAAAGUUGGCAAACAAGCGCGCCAAUUUUUAAAAUGGCUUUAUUAUAAAAAAUUAAUUUCAAAUUAAAGAUGCCUUUUAGACUAGCACUGAUAAGUAUCUUAUCUAUUUUUUCCUAUUUUAUAUCUAAUUACUGACCGCGGGUCGAUUGCACCAUAUUGUGUGCAUAUUUUUUUGAUUAAAUUUUUUAUAUGUCAUAUUAGCUUAGUAAGACAUUUAUCAGCGAAAAUUCAGCAAUCAUCGUUAGAAUAUUAUAUUCCUUGUAAAGGGUUUUCAAUAGAUGAAUCCAUGAUUGGAUUUAUUGGAAGACAUGAUCUAAAACAAUAUAUGUCAAUGAAACCAACAAAAUGAGGUUUCAAAGCUUUUCUAUUAUGCGAGUCAACUGCAGGAUGCUUCAAGCAUAAAAUCUUACAGGUUCUGGGUAGGAAGAGUUCAAAACGAAAAUCUAUGCAAUUGAAUAAUUGAAGGCUUUGAGAGCAACAACUAUCACGUCUUUAUGGAUACUUUUUAUUCCUUGCUUCCAAUAUUAUAGGAUUUUUGCAAUAAAAGAAUUUAAUCAACUGAAACUAUUAGAAAAAAUUAAGAAAGGGCUACCUAAUCUAAGUAAACAUAAUGAAAGAUCAAAAAACAGAUGCAAUAAUUAGAUUUUUGCAGAGCUAAUAUAUGCAUUGCGCUUCUAUAGGAAUAAAAAAACUCGUUACGUUGCUGCCAACUUUUCCUAAACAGAGUAAUUCAAAAACGGAAGUUAAUCAAAUGGGCGAUCUGAAGUAAAGGAAAUUCCCAUUUCAAUAUCCAAAUGCAAUCUUUGCAUGAGAGGUGUUGAUAUUUUUGAUGAGCAAUUGUCUUACUAUGGAUAUCUCAUCGUUUUAAGAAAUGAUAAAAAUAUUUAUUUAUUUAUCUUCUCGAAAUAGUAGUAUUCAAUGCAUUUAUUAUUCAUCAAGGAAUUGAAGAAUGAAAACACUUCAAAGCAAACGUAUUUUCAAUUUCGAAUAAAUUUAGCAGAAGCCUAACCGGCUUCACUUGAGAAAAUCUUCAAGGCGAGAAUCAACAUUGCAAAACUAGCAAGUUUAAGAGACGCAGCAUUUGCUAUAGAACGGCAAGCAAUUAAAUGCAAGCUAUUACUGCUCUUUUUGCAAUGCUUAUAUGCAUGAAAGAUACUUUGAAGACCAUCUAAAUUAGCCUAAUAUUAACUUAAAAAGUCGACCCUGAAUCAGUUAAAUAUUAUGGAUUAUAGAAAAUUAGAUAUACGUAUAAUUAGAGAUAGCUAAUAGAAAGAUACUUAUGUUUCAAUUAUGAUUGAAAACUAUCUAUUAAAAUAUUGAUUUUUGAAGUACAAUACAAAAGCCAUAUAAAGAUGGUAUUGCAUCGCAAGAAGUUUUAUGUAAAUAAGCUAAGAGUGGCUACAACCUUUAAAGGCAGUAAAGAGAAAAAUAGAUUAAUGCUUAUGUUGUAAUUAUUAUCGAAAAUUGUCUAUUUAAAAUUUGAUUUUUUUAAUUUAAUAUUAAAUCCAUAUUUAAAGAUGGAUUACCUUAUAUAAGAAAUUUUAUGUCAAUGAAAAUUAAGAGUAGCUACGACCUAUAAAGGAAAUUAAGAGAACUAGCAGAGCGAUGCUUAUGCUGCAAUUCUUAUCGACAACCUUCUAUUUAAAAAUUUGAAUUUUUGAAUUCAAUUAUAAGCUAUAUAAAGAUGGAAUAAAUUUUCCAAAUUAAUUUUUAAAUUAAAUGACUCUUUAAACUCUUAGAAUGCACUAUCAGCGUAGUAAUUAUGUUUCUAAAGAGUUUGAUUUUUUAAAGUUCCAUAUAGGAAAGUAAUAUUAAAGUUGGAGUUAUAUGCUAUAUUAAGGAAGAGGUUAUAAUUUAUUUUAGUGUCUUAAAAAAGAAGGGAAAAAAUAGGUAAGAUACUUAUCAGUGUCAGUCUAAAGGUAUCUUUAAUUAAAAAAUUAAUUUUUAUAGUAAAGUCAUUUUUAAUUUGUUUAAACUAUUUCGUAUUUGUCCACAAUUUUUUGACAUAUCACUUUCAACCCUUUCUGGUAUAGAUAUACAGCUCGAUCCUUUGAUAGAGUCUAACUUGGUCGUUCAACCAUCCAUUACUUUUUGUUCGAUAAAGAAAUCUAUAUAGGGGUAUGGACUAUAAGCGUGAUAUAAUUCAAUAUUACUCCCCAAAAACUAUAACUAAAAUUGCACACAACUACGAAUUCAAAAUAGCAAAAGGCAAAGAAAAUUGUAAAGAUUUAUGCAAAUCAGUAAAUAAGACAUGUGACUCAGUCGGAAUGGAAAUUUUAAAUAGUUGUCAAACUUUGAUGGAAGUAACUGGCUGCAAAUUUUGCCAGCAAGAUUCUAAUGCAUAUAUGCCAGGCCUAAACAAGGAUGUAUGCAUUUUAUCAACGAAAAAAGAAUUUUUGUGCGAAAAUAACUCAGAUAAAUACAAGAGGGUUUGUGCAUGCAAAAGCAUUAAAACAACUUAUUUAAUUUAG